GAAACACAGCUGAAUGCUCGAGACUCUUCUUCCUCCACAUCACUCAUCGUCUCCGGUCUAAGAAGUGAACCAGGAAUAACAGAGACACCGUGGACAUCACGAAGUAACAGACAGGUCCGGUGAACCUUCAUAUUUGAGCACUGGCAUACCGUGGCUUUCAGAAUAAAAGCUGAACACAGAGUGAGGACGACUUGCAUUCAGAGUCAGAGACAGAAUAAUGGACACAAACAGGACAUGUUGGACCUGAGGACGUCUUCAUGUCUGUUUGAGCUGAAUACAGAAUCAUCUGUAGAUGUUGAAUAUUUCUCAGAUAUGUUUGAAUCAUUGUCUGUUGGACGAGUUUGGACUGAAAACAUGUUGAUGUUUGAAUGUAACUCACUUUAUUAUUUAAACUCCAAAAGAUGAACUUUUAUUUUGAAAAAUAUUUUGGACAACAUCUGGACAACACUAGAUAUUACUUACAUAACACCUGAAGAACACCUAGAAAAACACAUGGACAUUUGAUGGACAAGUGAUGGACAAGCGUCCAAGCUAAAACAAUAAAAUAUCUGGUUACUGACUCAGUGGAACAACUUUUGUCUGGUUGGCUCUGGUUUGGUGACGGUUGACGAGAAACAAAGAAGGUACGACCCGAACUGAGGAGGAGGAGCGAUGGGAGGAACAGUGUGUAAGGAGGAGGUGAAGGAGAAGAGGAGGAGUGUGGAAAGGGAGGACAGUCUGACAUCAGUGGACAGAAUCCGUCAAUUCGCUGUCAAACAGUUUGGAUUUAAUGUCCUGAGUCUGGCUCGCCGGGGGCUGAAGGUGGCCCCAGAUGAGUUGUGGGAGCUGGUGGAGUUGGAGAAGCUGAAUUUGUCUCUCAACAGUCUGAAGGUUCUUCCUCCUCAGCUGGGUCUGCUCUCCAACUUGGUGGUCCUCAACUUGUGGGGCAACCAGAUAAAACAUCCUCUCAGCAGCUUACCAGCAGAGAUUGGACAGCUGAGAAGACUCAGAGUUUUAUUCGCCUACAGAAACAGACUAACUGAAGUUCCUGAAGAGCUGGGAGACUGUACACAACUGGAGGUGCUGAGUUUGGCCAACAACCAGUUGUCCUCACUGCCUGCCUCUCUGUCCAACCUCACCAGACUGAGGAAGCUCAACCUCAGUCAUAACCACAUUGCUCAUAUCCCAGGCUGUGUUUACAACAUGAAGGCUCUGGUGUUCCUCCAUCUGGCCUGUAACCAUCUGGAGAACUUGGCAGAGAACAUUCAGGCUCUGGUGGAGCUCAUGAUCCUCAUUGUGGAGGGAAACAGUCUCCACUCUCUGCCUAAGGCCCUCUGCUGCCUCAUCAGGUUGGAGUUGUUGAAUCUGGAUUUUAACGACAUUAAGGAUGUACCACAGGAGCUGCACCAGUUGUCCCGGCUGGAGAAGUUGGCGUGCCAUCCUCUAGAUAAAGGACUUCACAUUGUCCACAACCCGCUGAUGAAGCCUGUGAAGGAGGUGCUGGAGGGGGGGCUCAGCGCCCUCUUCAACUACCUAAGAGCUGUGUAGAGGUGGAGGUGGGGCAUGUUUACUACCUGAGAACCAGAGAGUCACUGGUUUAAGACUUCACUGUGUACUUUAGAUUUCCUUUCAAGGUGUCCACAUACAUUUGGCCAUUUAGGGAAGUGUAAAAAAAAUUGUUUCCAAAAAAAGUUGCACAAAGAGAACUUAUCAAAUGUUAAACAGAUAAAUUUCAUUGUUUUUGUAAAAUGUAAGAACUUUUGACUCGUCAGACCACAGGACAGUUUUCCACUUCACCUCAGUCCAUCUUAAACGAGCUCAGGCCCCCUUAAACGAGCUCAGUCCAUCUUAAAUGAGCUUAGGCCCCCUUAAACGAGCUCAGUCCAUCUUAAACGAGCUCAGUCCACCUUAAAUAAGCUGUCCUCAGUGUG